AUGAGGAUGUGUGACAGAGGUAUCCAGAUGUUGAUCACCACCGUGGGAGCCUUCGCAGCUUUUAGUUUAAUGACCAUUGCAGUGGGCACGGACUACUGGUUAUAUUCCAGAGGUGUGUGCAGGACUAAAUCUACAAGUGAUAAUGAAACCAGCAGGAAGAAUGAAGAAGUAAUGACCCAUUCGGGGCUGUGGAGGACCUGCUGCCUAGAAGGGGCUUUCCGAGGAGUGUGCAAGAAAAUCGAUCACUUCCCUGAAGACGCAGACUAUGAACAAGACACAGCAGAGUACCUCCUGCGAGCUGUGAGGGCCUCCAGUGUCUUCCCCAUCCUCAGCGUCACGCUGCUCUUCUUUGGCGGGCUCUGCGUGGCGGCCAGCGAAUUCCACCGAAGCAGACACAAUGUCAUCCUCAGCGCGGGCAUCUUUUUCGUCUCUGCAGGGUUAAGCAACAUCAUCGGCAUCAUAGUUUAUAUAUCAGCCAAUGCCGGAGACCCCGGGCAGCGUGACUCCAAAAAAAGCUACUCCUAUGGCUGGUCCUUUUAUUUCGGGGCCUUCUCUUUCAUCAUCGCAGAAAUCGUGGGAGUUGUCGCUGUGCACAUCUAUAUAGAAAAACAUCAGCAGUUACGUGCCAAAUCCCACUCGGAGCUCCUGAAGAAAUCCACCUUUGCGCGCCUUCCGCCCUACAGGUAUCGAUUCCGGAGGCGUUCAAGUUCGCGCUCCACGGAGCCCAGAUCGCGAGACCUGUCCCCCAUCAGCAAAGGCUUCCACACCAUCCCUUCCACUGACAUCUCCAUGUUCACCCUCUCCCGGGACCCCUCAAAGAUCACCAUGGGGACCCUCCUCAACUCCGACCGGGACCACGCUUUUCUACAGUUCCACAAUUCCACGCCCAAAGAGUUCAAGGAGUCGCUGCAUAAUAAUCCGGCCAACAGGCGCACUACGCCCGUCUGAACUGACCUCUGCCCUCUGGCCUCCGCCCCAGCACAGCCGCGGGGGCAGCGAACAGAGGUGGCUGGGAGGUUGCAUGGCAUGGUCCUCGUGAUGGUAUUACUUUUUACAAAGAAUGAAACCAAAUGGACUCAGCCCUCUCCCAAACUUGGCCCCGGGCCCUCCGGGUCCUACCCCCCUCCCCCAACUCCCAACCCUCCCCCUCCAGGCCCCCCCCCCCCACUUUUCAAGCCAGCCCCAUGAUGUCAUUUCUCUCUCUGUGUAUCUGUGCCAGAUGUUUUCCUCUCUUCCUUCUUUACUGGAAGGACCUCCACAUUCUUCCCUCCUUGGAAGAGGACUUUACUCAAAGUCACGGGUGGUGGCUUGGGGGGGAGGGGGACCCCCGAUUCCCCAGGCGCGUGCAGUUGUCCCCAUUGCCCACUCACAUGAAUCCUCAGGACCCCAACCGCCCAGGUGGCCCUGAGGGAGGCAUUCACCUUUACGUGUUAGAAAAACAUGACCAGAAAUCAAAGAUGUCAGAGCCCUGAAGCAGCUAAUGUAA